UUCAUACUCCGAUCACUGACUCUGGAGCCGAGGACAGCCCAUCUUCAGCCCCUCUGCGAGAGCCUCACUUUGCCGCCAGUGUCCCUGCAGUGCAUGCAGACCGAUCGCAAAGGCGUGCUCCAGUCCUUUCAGUUGCAAAAUCCAAGCGAAGUGCCUGUGUACUUUCGCGUGACUGGAUUCAAACUCAUUCUGAAUGAGGGCGAAGAAGUCUUUGCUUCCUGUGACAGCUACUUAAAUCAGCUUGGCGUUGACCAUCCAUUAAUUGAGUUGCAGACUACCGGGGACACGAUUCUGCCUGGUGGGAUUGCCAAGGUUAAUUGGAUAUUUAGGCCUAUGGAAUCUCGUGAAUACAAGGUAAGUCGGCUCAAGAUAAUUGCUGAUUUACAUAUGUUUCCAAAACCAGAUUGCAUUGCAGAUGAUCCCAGUUGCCUCCAUGCCCAGAUUACUUUUUUCUGUGAAAAAAGCUCCUGA